AUGAAGAUCACCAACCCUACCGGCAUUGACAUCUUUGAGGUUAUCCUUUUCAAGGUGGAGUUUCUUCCUCACCUCGUGACUUUCUUGACAUUGCUUUGGUACUUCAUUCCCAGCAGCAGCAAUGACAUCAGCAACAUCAGCAGCGACAUCAGCAAUGUCACGAAAGGAGCCAAACCUGCAAGGAAGUGGGUGACCCUCAAACUCUUUGUUCUGCUUUACAUCCCAUUGUGCAUUGUGGUCAUGGCUGCCACCACCUUUGCCGUCUCUUGGGAAGAUGCGUACAUGCGAGGAUACGAUAUCUUUUCGCAGCCCUCUUUGCGCCCCAUGUUGGAGGCGUAUAUUGAGACUGGUGACGGUGAUUUGACUGACAUUUUGGAAUCGAACAAGUAUGCGCCUACGUUGGGUGUCUACGAAAUCCGAUACUUGUUCAAAGAUCUGUUGCGUCACACCUUGCUUCACUCCAAUGACCACAAUGAGGAUAACAUUGACGAAGGAUACAACAAGGGAAAUGACUGGUUUCGAUACUUUUUGGGAGAAACAAUGAUGUACACCAGUGGACUCUAUCCCACCGGGAAAGAAUCGCUCACGGAAGCACAGAACUAUAAGAUUGAUUACGUUGCAGACGCGAUUCAGGUCCAACCUGGUGACAGUGUAUUGGAUAUUGGAUGUGGCUGGUCUUAUCUGGCCAGACGUCUAGCGGAAGAGCACGGUGCCAACGUGACGGGCAUUACUCUCUCGAAGGAACAGAGGCAGUACUUUCUGGACCUCGAUUUUCAGAACAAGGUCACGAUCUUGCUCCAAGACGCCAUGCGCCUAAAAGAACGAAAUGAUCUACCAAUUGGUGGAUUCGACAAGAUUACCAGCUUGGAAAUGGCCGAACACGUUGGAAUUCGCCGGUACCAAGAGUUUCUCAAGCAUGUGCACAGUCUCCUGAAAGACGAUGGAGUCUUUUACUUUCAGGUCGCUGGACUUCGUCGUGCCUGGCGAUUUGAAGACUUGGUCUGGGGUCUAUUCAUGGGAGAACAUGUCUUUCCAGGAGCCGACGCUUCCUGUCCUUUGGGUUGGGUCUCGACCCAAGUCGAACGUGCUGGAUUUGAGAUUCAGCGCGUCCACAACAUGGGCACUCACUACAGUCGCACCAUUGAUCACUGGCUAGAAAAUUGGCGUUCCAACCAACAGGAGGUUGAACAAAAGUUUGGUGCUGCUGCCUAUCGUCGAUGGGAAGUCUUCCUUGCUUGGUCUGUCCGUGUGGCAAGGCAAGGAUCCUCCACUCUCUUCAUGUUGACUCUCACCAAGGCUGGUCAAGAAGCACGUCGCAUCGAGUCACAGAUGAAUGUGGUGCCGAAAUAUGUUCAGUACAAACCUGAAUUUUAA